GCGAUUACGAUAGAGGAAACAACGUCUAGAUUUAACCUUAGUCUGCAGCUUUGAUAUGUGCUGAGAAAAUGUCUUAGCUGAUUUGAUUUGGCUACAUGUAAAUUGAACAACACAGCAGCUUUUUGGCAAGUUUUGUUAUUUCUGUUUUAGUUUCCUCUUUUACAAUGGGGGUCAAUAUGAAAAAAAAAUGGUAUUCGCCAAUUUGUGUGCGUGGUCGAGGCUGAAUUUUUGUAUUCUUACGUGGUUCCAAUCGACUGGCGGUACUACGUCUUGAAAUCGCUAUUAAUUCUGGAUAUUGUGGUUUGCUUACAACCAGGAAAUGUAGAUGGUCCGUUUCUACAGGUGACGCGAGAGGCGCCUUCUUUUCCCCGACGCAGUUAAGCCGAAACCAUGGCCCGUUAUUCAGAGGCGUUCUACAACGCUUUGAGCGCUCUCCAAGUCCGGAAGUGACUUUCGGGUCACUGAUUUAAUAACAUUUACCCUUGUAUUUCAAGAUUGAAAAAUAUAAUAACAUAAUGUCGUGGACAGAGCUAGCCAUUAACGUCCCUUAACGCUCAAAGACAGAUUCAAUGGCUGGGAGCAUAGCGUGUUCGACUGAAUGAUUAGCUAAUAAAUAUUAGAGAAAUUAUGAAUAAUAAGCGCAAGAGAUAAAGACAGUUUCAGGUUGGAUAUUCAACGAAUAUUCACCUGUAGUUUUCCUUACGUCCACCAACGGCAGUUAGUGACAUAGUGACAAAUCUAGAGUUUCACAUUUCAAUAGCUCUUUAACCAUUACUCCUAAAAUGUUCAAACCUGGUUGUAGCUAACCCGAUGGCAUAGACAUACAUUGCAUACCCUUUAGUUUGUCACGAACUUGUUCUCAACUAGCCUACCUGGUUAAAUAAAGGUGAAAUAAAUAAAUACAAAAUAUGGGUGUAUAUCCACUGUACGCUUCUUAGGUGUCUAAUUGACAUGACCAAGAAGCUAUUGAAAUGUAAGUCAAUGAAAAAUGUACGUUAUGUGUGUGAUUUUUACAGUACACAAACAAGAGUGUGCAAUAUAAGGCUAGUCCGUGGACAUUCUGAACCUUGUUUGAGUCAAGUAGGUCCCAUGACCAAGGAGCUAUUGAAAUUCGAAUGUUAAAAAUGUUUGUACUUUGUUUACGCUCCCUAACUAAUUCAUUUAUGAAUACAAAAUGCUGCUCACAUUUCCACAUGUUUAUUAGCUUUGGAAAGCGAAUUAUUGUCAAAAUCGUAAAAAUAAGACAUAAGACCUGUGCAAUGGUGUGUGCAAUUUUUCCAACAUCAUGACACUUAUUUGGAGUCUGUGGCUCAAGUGGUUUGAAAGCGCGAAUAUCCUAAACUGUCUUUACCUCGGUAGUUCUGAGACAUUUUUACAACUCAUUAAAACUCAAAACAUAUCUCUGCGCUGAUUGCCUGUGAGUGAGACAACGUUAGCUAGCCAAUGGGAGGGUAGUAGAACGCCCCUCUGAAUAAUGGGUGUAGUUUUGGCUUAAGUGCGUUGGGAAAAAGAAAGACUCAGGUGAGAUACACAAACGCUCGUAUUUGCUCGUAGUAAGGAAGCGAGUAACUUUUUACAACACAUAUUACAUUUUAUUGACAUAUUAAUGGCCAUAUACAGCGAAAGAGUAGCAGUGAAAUGUCCCUUUAAAUAGGCUGCAAAUGGCUGAAAUUAUUUUUAACAGAAAGGCACUCCAAAAAAACUACAUGUACCACGAAACAGUCGACCGGAAAUGUAUUUAGGAUGCGGAAACACGUGCAACAGCGGAAGAGAAUGUAUACAAUGGAAAUCAAAAAAUCAAUUAAGUUAUGAAAAACACCAUUAAUUGUCUUUCUUUGUCGCAGCUGCACAUUAAAAAAAUGGCGGAUAUCUAGACACAGUCAUUUAGAUCUCGUUUAUGCACGGUUACAUGGAGCGUUGAGUUACUGGAUGAAAACGGCUACAAACGAGAGGUUUAUUUAUGAUAUUUAGAACUACUGGAGAAGCACCGUUUCCUGGAAAGCAGCAUGAGCUGAUAGUUCCUGAGGUCUUCCAGAAGAGGUGGCAAAAGAGAGAGGCUGACCGGAAGAUGCCAAGAAAAAAACAACAGAAUCCUCAAUCUGUCAAGUUGGAUUCUGAAGAUGGUGUAGUAACCAUUGGAGCUCCAGGAAUCCUCACCUUGGAGGCAGAUUUCCUUCUGGGACACGACCUUGAGUUUUGUGACUCCGACCAUGACAAGAUCCUAGGCCUGGACGACAAGUACUCAGACUCUGUAGCAGCUGAGAUCUCUGUGUACCCUCUGGGUGAUGAGGAGAGUUGUGCCUUCAGCAGUCUCAGUAUGACGAGGCAGUGUGACCAGGAGCAGGGCCCUGAGUCCCAGCCCGACCACGAGCCCCCCUACCUGUCCUGCCGCGGCUGUGGUCUGGACCUAGUGGGACCCUACUGUCACCGUUGCUGCAAGGGAGAAAGGGGGGAAUUCAGAGGCUUUCGCUCCGGUUCGCGAUCACAAGCGGACGAUAGCGAGGAAGGGGACGGAGGCGGGGUGGACGGCGCUGAUGGAACGGACGAUAACUCCAUAAUGGGUGACGACGGUCCCAACUCCAAGCGCCACUCCUGCCAGUUGUGUGGGUUCUCCUCACGCUAUGCCAAUCACGUCAAGAGGCACAUGAAGACUCACAACGGGGAGAAGCCGUACCGCUGUCCCCUGUGUACCUACGCCUCAGCCCAGCUGGUCAACCUGCAGAGACACCUGAGGAUUCACACUGGGGAGAAACCAUACAGCUGUGACUCCUGCUCCUUCGCCUGCAGUUCCCUGGGCAACCUGAAAAGACAUCAGAGGAUGCAUGUGGUGGGACAGGAAGCAGUCAGACCUGCUAGUCGACCUCCUAUUGGUCCCUCUGCAGGUGGGUAUGGUCUGAAGAGGCCCCGGGAGGAGGAGCCUAGUGCUCCAGCUGAAGAAGCCCUAAGGCCUGACCUGAACCUCCAUGUAGGAGGCCAUAACAGAGACUACCUGCCAUGCUCUGAUGGACUGAAGGUACCACCAGAACUACCUGAGCACCAGCCCUCAAGACUUCUGGAGGCGCCUGGCUGUGGACCUGGGGCUGAGUCCGGGGGUAGGGUUGGGGCUGUGGUGGGAGUGAAGUCCGAGGACAGAGAUUCGCUCCCUCCUCUCCCCUUCCUCUUCACCUGUCGUCUCUGUGGUAUCCCCAUGGAGGACGAGGACGGCUCCACCACCCAGAUCUGUGCCAAGUGCACCCUGGACAUGCUGAACAAGGACUCAUCUGGUCCCAACAGCCCCGGGGAGCGUGGGGAUAAGGUCUACACCUGCAGCGCCUGUCCCUUCCUCACCCACUACCCCAACCACCUGGCGCGACACAUGAAGACGCACAGCGGAGAGAAGCCGUACAAGUGCCCUCAGUGCGACUACGCCUCCGCCCACUUCGACAACCUGAAACGCCACCACCGCGUGCACACGGGCGAGAAGCCGUACAAGUGCCACCUGUGUGACUACGCCUGUGGGAACCUGGCUAACUUAAAACGCCACCAGCGGGUCCACUCAGGCGCCAAGCCGUUCCAGUGUGCAGUGUGUAGCUACAGCUGUAACCAGAGUAUGAAUCUGAAGAGACACAUGCUGAGACACACAGGAGAGAAGCCUUAUAAGUGCCAGCAGUGUGGAUACACCACGGGACACUGGGACAACUACAAACGACACCAGAAGAAACAUGGCCUCGCCACCGACGGAUGGGUCAAAGUUCAGAUGCCAGGUGCCCAUGAGGAAGAGGAGGAGGAAGAGAGGGAGGUGGGACAGCCACAGAGUAAAGAAGGAGAGUUGGUGAUACAGUAUAUGUCCAGAUAAGGAGAGGAAGAGCUGGGACAUACAGUAUAUGUCCAGAUAAGGAGAGGAAGGGCUGGGACAUACAGUAUAUGUCCAGAUAAGGAGAGGAAGGGCUGGGACAUACAGUAUAUGUCCAGAUAAGGAGAGGAAGGGCUGGGACAUACAGUAUAUGUCCAGAUAAGGAGAGGAAGGGCUGGGACAUACAGUAUAUGUCCAGAUAAGGAGAGGAAGGGCUGGGACAUACAGUAUAUGUCCAGAUAAGGAGAGGAAGGGCUGGGACAUACAUUAACAUGUAAAUAAAAGAUAAAUCCUAGAUUGUUUUGUUAUUUUGUCAAAGAUCUUCAGUGGCUGCUAUGUAGAAUCAUGCUAAAUAUAAAAUGAUUGUGAUUAUUCUUCUGCCUUUGGACACAGAGUUGGACGGAGGAAGCUAUUUAGAUUGUUGUUGUUGUUGUUGCCAGACAAAUGGACUGGGGGGGAAUGUUCUACUUUAACGUUCCCCUAAAGCCCAAAAUGUUGCCUGCAUUGUCCACCAUAUGCUGUUUCCUUACACACACCAACUGUGCCCUACAGCUCCUCCAAACAUCACUGCACAUUAUGACUUACAACCACUAAUUGACCUCUUCUUACAGAUGUAGGACCUUCAUUUGAACCAGUUUUGCUACAGCAGGAGAAUAAUCCUGCUGCAACAGGAAAUGUGGAUUAUAAUUCAUGGACAUUUUUGUAGGGGUUGAUACAUUUUUCUUGAAAUCAAGUCUGAAAUGUCAAAGUGGAAAUUACAUUUACAUUUAAGUCAUUUAGCAGACGCUCUUAUCCAAGCUUUAAAAAAUAAAAAUAAAAACUCAUACACUACAAGUAAGCUUGGAAAAUUGUCAGCAACAAAAGUAAUCAAAUUAAGAUCCUACAUCUGUAUCAGUUUAGUCUACUAUUCCAACCUCUCUACUGUCCACUUCACCUUCCAUAGCUCCUCCCUGCUCUCCUCCUCAACCCCUUAAUCCUUAUCUCCAUGACAACCUGGGGCGUGUUCAGCAGGGCACAGCGUUUUGGAACGUUCAGAUAGAAAUAUUUCUAUGUAGAACAAUUUAAUGUCUGCUCUAUUCAUGGUAUUUCUAUCUGCUACGUUCCAAAACAUCUGGCUACUGAACCUGGCCUCGUUGAGAAAGGCCCUCGGACGGAGAGUGUAUGGAUUUAGCCUGAUCCCAGAUCUGUUCCUGCUCUCUUGCUGACCAACUGCUGUCAAUGACCAUAGGUGUUGGCAAGACUGCACAAACAGAUCUGGGACCAGAGGGGUAUACUAUAAAGCAGGAUCAGAGUUAGCCAGAGAACUUUGAUAAACAGCCAGAAAUAUAAACUUAGAUACACUACAUGACCAAAAGUAUGUGGACACCUGCUCGUCGAACAUCUUAUUCCAAAAUCAUGAGCAUUAAUAUGGAGUUGGUCCCCCGUUUACUGCUGU